AUGGCACGAUCCGGGCGCAGCAGCCAGCGCAAGAAGCAGUCGGCAUCGGACAAGCAGAUGGCCAAGAAGAACGACGGCGCGCCCAAGAGCAUGGUCAUCCGCAUUGGCGCGCAGGAGGUCGGCGGCGCCGUGAGCCAGCUGGUGCAGGAUGUGCGCCAUGUCAUGGAGCCCGACACAGCGGUGCGGUUGAAGGAACGCCGCGCCAACAAACUCCGCGACUACACGACCAUGUGCGGCCCCCUCGGCGUCACCCACCUGCUGCUCUUCUCGCGCUCAGAGUCGGGCAACACCAACCUGCGCCUCGCCCGCACCCCGCACGGCCCCACGCUGCACUUCCGCGUCGAGAAGUACUCGCUGUGCAAGGACAUUGCCAAGUCGCUCAAGCACCCGCGCGCCGGCCUGACCGACUUCCACACCCCGCCGCUGCUCGUCAUGAACAACUUCCUCACCUCGGACGCCACGCGCGAGUCCCUGGCCGACGCCGCCCCGCCCAAGCACCUCGAGAAGCUCGUCACCGACAUGUUCCAGGGCCUGUUCCCGCCCAUCCAGCCCCACACCACCCCGCUGCACACCAUCAAGCGCGUCCUGCUGCUGCACCGCGAGCCCCCCAACCCGGACACGGGCAGCGUCGCCAUCUCCCUGCGCCACUACGCCAUCACCACAAAAGUCACCGGCCUGCCCAAGGCCCUGCGCCGCCUGCACGCCGCCGAGAAGCUCAUUGGGUCCGGCAAGAAGGGCAGCGACAAGAAGCGCACGCUGCCCGACCUGGGCAAGCUCGAGGACGUCGCAGACUACAUGCUGGACCCCUCCGCCGGCGGCUACACCUCCGCCUCGGACACGGAAGCCGACACCGACGCCGAAGUCGAGGUCAGCGCCCCUGUCAAGCAGCGCGUUCUCUCGCGCCGCGCCAAAGAGCGCCUCGCAGCCGGCGACGCCACCGCCCACGCCCGCACCGCCUCCUCAGGCCCACGCGUCGAGAAGCGCGCCGUCAAGCUCGUCGAGCUGGGUCCGCGCAUGAAGCUGCGCCUGACCAAAGUCGAAGAGGACGUCUGCACCGGCAAGACCAUGUGGCACGAGUUCAUCACAAAGUCAAAGGCCGAGGAGCACGCGCUCGAGAAGAAGUGGGCGCAGCGCAACGCCGUCAAGGCAGAGCGGAGACGCGUUCAGAAGGAGAACGUCGAGCGCAAAAAGGCCGAGAAGGCGGCGCUUGGUGGCAAGAGUGAAGGCCAAGAGGGCGAGGAAGAGGACGGGGAUGAGAUUGAGGGGGAGGCCGAUAGCGAGAUGGAUUAUGACGAGUACGACAUGGAUGAUGAUGUUUGGCAUGAUGAAGAUGGCGAGGGAAGUGGUGACGAGAUGGAGGAGUGA